AUGGGCCAGUCACCAUACGAGCCCAUCACUGACCUGCAGAUUAGUCCAGAUGGUGUCGCUAAGCAGCUAUCCGACUUAAACCCCCAAAAAGCAUGUGGUCCAAAUGAGAUACCAGCCAGAGUUCUGAAGGAAAUUGCUCAGUCUCUAUCACAGUGGCUCGCCUUCAUUUUCCAGCAAUCUUUCGAUCACAACGCAAUUUCAACUGAUUGGUCACAAGCUCUUGUCACUGCUGUAUUCAAAAAUAAUAGUAAGUCCAAUCCAGCAAAUUAUUGGCCAAUCUCGUUAACGUGUAUUUGUUGUAAAAUUAUAUGGAACACAUUGCGCUCAGCCACAUGGCAAAACAUAUUUCUGCAAAUAAUAUCCUAAUUGAUGAACAACACGGUUUUAGCAAAAACCGCUUAUGUGAAACCCAAUUAAUCUCGACGAUUCAUGACGGGGGAAAAUCUAUCAACUCGAGGAAUCAAACUGAUGUGAUUCUCUUAGAUUAUAAGAAAGCACUUGACUUCGUACCGCACGAGCGUGUCUUGACUAAGCUCGACUACUAUGGAAUCAGAGGGAAUACACGUACGUGGAUAAAAGCAUUCAUUACAAAUCGUUCUCAGAUUGUCUCAAUUAACGGAACCCACUCCUCGUCCAAACCUGUUAUCUCUGGAGUACCUUAG